AUGUCUAUUUUAUUCCGACGUUUUCCAUCGAAUAUUGUUGGUACAAUAUUGCGUCAAAAUACUAAUCAAAUAAGAAAAGUUUCAGCAGCAACUACUACUGCAGAUAAGAUCACUGAAUCUCAUAAAUAUCAUGUUACUGUUGUACCAGGUGAUGGUGUUGGACCAGAAUUAAUGUUAUGUGUACGUGAAGUAUUCAAUGCAGUUGGUGCACCAAUUGAAUUUGAUGAAUUACUUGCAAGUGAAUUAAUGCCUGGUCGAUCAUCAUCACUUGCUGAUAUAGUUGCUUCAUUUAAACGUAAUCGUGUUGGAAUGAAAGGCAUAUUAACAACACCAGCUAUUAGUGAAGGUGGAGAUUUAAUGUCAUUAAAUAUGAAGAUACGACGUGCAUUAGAUCUUUAUGCUAAUGUUGUUCGAAUAAAAACUGUACCUGGACUUAAACUUCGUCAUCAAAAUAUUGAUUUUAUUGUUAUACGUGAACAAACUGAAGGAGAAUAUAGUGCACUUGAACAUGAAUCUGUUCAUGGUGUUGUUGAAUCAUUAAAAAUUACAACUUAUGAAAAUUCAAGACGUAUUGCUAAAUUUGCAUUUGAUUUUGCAACAAAAUUUAAUAGGAAAAAAGUUACUGCUGUACACAAAGCAAAUAUAAUGAAACUUGGUGAUGGUCUUUUUCUUGAAUCAUGUCGUGAAGUAGCAGCAUUAUAUCCAAAUAUUAAACUUGAAACAAUGAUUGUUGAUAAUACAUGCAUGCAAUUAGUUUCUAAACCACAACAAUUUGAUGUACUUGUUGCACCAAAUCUUUAUGGAAAUAUUGUAUCUAAUUUAGCUGUUGGCUUAGUUGGAGGAGCAGGAAUGGUUCCUGGAGAAUCUUAUUCGACUGAUGUUGCAAUCUUUGAACCGGGUGCACGACAUCCAUUCUUAACUGGUGCUGGUCGAAAUAUUGCUAAUCCAACUGCAAUGUUAUUAUGUGGAGUUAAUUUACUUCAAUAUCUUCAUCUUGAUGCAAUGGCUCAAAAAAUUGAAAAUGCUAUUGCUACUGUUAUUAAACAACAACGUACAAAAACACGUGAUAUUGGUGGUUAUGCAACACAACAAGAUUUUCUUCGUAGUGUUCUUCAACAACUUGGAUAUUAA